AUGGGGUGUGAUGGUCUCACUGGACAGCCUAAUGAUGAGAAGUUGCAAUUCAUGGUACAGUCUUCUGGAACAAAUGAUGUUAAGGAGGGCGAAGUAUUUGAUAUGAAGAAGGAGUUGAGUUUGAGAAUGCAUUUAGUUGCAAUGCGGCUGAAUUUUCAGUUUAAAGUAAAAAAGUCGACACCGGAACUAUAUAUACUACGUUGCGUUGAUACUAGUUGCACCUGGAGACUUCGAGCUACAAAGCUGAGGGACUGCAAUAUGUUCAAGAUAAAAAAAUACUAUAGCAUCCAUACAUGCAACGGUGGAGUUUUGAAACAGGAUCAUAGGCAAGCCAAAAGUUGGGUGGUCGGACAUCUUGUCCAAGCGAAGUUUACAGACGUCUCCCGCACGUAUAGACCGAAGGACAUAAUACAAGACAUGAGAAAGGAGUAUGGUGUGAAUUUAAGUUAUGACAAAGCUUGGCGGUCCAGUGAAGAAGCACUUCGACUUAUUAGAGAGGAUCCAGCAUCGUCAUACGGUCUACUAUCAGCUUAUGGUGAAGCAUUAAAAAUCAUGAACCCAGGUACUAUUUUCGAAUUGGAACUGAAAGAUGGAAAAUAUUUCAAAUAUGUCUUUAUGGCUUUGGGUCAAUCGAUUAGAAGGUUUCUGGCUUGUAUUCGACCAGUGUUGGUUGUCGACGGGGCCCAUCUAAAAUGGAAGUUCAGAGGGGUAUUGUUAACAGCUUCUGGUGCGGAUGCGAAUAACCAGAUUUACCCUGUUGCAUUUGCUAUUGUCGACGGUGAGACUGUAGCAUCAUGA